AUGCUGGGGGUCUGCAGAGGGAGACGGAAAUUCCUGGCUGCUUCGCUGACUCUUCUCUGCAUCCCAGCCAUCACCUGGCUUUACUUGUUUGCCGGGAGCUUUGAAGAUGGGAAGCCGGUGUCUCUGUCCCCGCUGGAGGCCCAGCCGCACAGCCCCCGGUACACUGCAUCCAGCCAGCGGGAGCGCGAGAGCCUGGAGGUGCGCGUGCGCGAGGUGGAGGAGGAGAACCGUGCCCUCCGCCGGCAGCUCAGCUUGGCCCAGGGCCGCAGCCCGUCCCACCGGCGUGGCAACCACUCUAAGACCUACUCCAUGGAAGAGGGCACCGGCGACAGUGAGAAUCUUCGCGCCGGCAUCGUGGCGGGCAACAGCUCUGAGUGCGGGCAGCAGCCGGUGGUGGAGAAGUGCGAGACAAUCCAUGUUGCUAUUGUCUGUGCCGGAUACAACGCCAGCCGGGACGUAGUCACCUUGGUGAAGUCUGUCCUGUUUCACAGGCGGAACCCCUUGCAUUUCCACCUCAUUGCCGACUCCAUCGCCGAGCAGAUCCUGGCAACGCUCUUCCAGACCUGGAUGGUACCUGCGGUGCGUGUAGACUUCUACAAUGCUGAUGAGCUCAAGUCUGAAGUUUCCUGGAUCCCCAACAAGCACUACUCUGGGAUUUAUGGUCUGAUGAAGCUUGUCCUCACCAAGACUCUUCCUGCCAACCUGGAGAGGGUCAUCGUGCUUGACACAGACAUCACCUUUGCAACAGACAUUGCCGAGCUCUGGGCUGUGUUCCACAAGUUCAAAGGUCAGCAGGUCCUGGGCCUGGUAGAGAACCAGAGUGAUUGGUACCUUGGAAACCUGUGGAAAAAUCACCGUCCUUGGCCUGCCCUUGGAAGAGGCUACAACACAGGGGUGAUCCUGCUGCUUCUAGAUAAGCUGCGGAAGAUGAAGUGGGAGCAGAUGUGGAGGCUGACCGCAGAGAGGGAGCUGAUGGGCAUGCUUUCUACGUCCUUAGCUGACCAGGACAUUUUCAACGCUGUCAUCAAACAAAACCCCUUCCUCGUGUAUCAGCUGCCCUGCUUCUGGAACGUUCAGCUGUCGGACCACACCCGCUCCGAGCAGUGCUACAGAGACGUAUCUGAUCUAAAGGUCAUUCACUGGAACUCCCCCAAGAAGCUGCGGGUGAAGAACAAGCACGUAGAGUUUUUCCGUAACCUCUACCUGACCUUCCUGGAGUACGAUGGGAACCUCCUGCGACGAGAGCUGUUCGGCUGCCCCAGUGAGUCUGACGUCAACAGUGAAAACCUCCAGAAGCAGCUCUCAGAACUGGACGAGGAUGACUUGUGUUAUGAGUUCCGGCGAGAGCGGUUCACCGUCCACCGAACCCACCUAUACUUCCUGCACUAUGAGUAUGAGCCCGCUUCAGACAACACAGACGUCACCCUGGUUGCUCAGCUCUCCAUGGACAGGCUCCAGAUGCUGGAGGCCAUCUGCAAACACUGGGAGGGGCCCGUCAGCCUGGCGCUCUACCUGUCGGACGCCGAGGCCCAGCAGUUCCUCCGCUACGCACAGGGCUCCGAGGUGCUCAUGGGCCGCCACAACGUGGCCUACCACAUCGUGUACAAGGAGGGCCAGUUCUACCCCGUGAACCUGCUGCGCAACGUGGCCAUGAAGCACGUGGGCACGCCCUACAUGUUCCUGUCCGACAUCGACUUCCUGCCCAUGUACGGACUCUAUGAGUACCUCAGGAAGUCUGUCAUCCAGCUGGACCUCGCCAACACCAAGAAGGCCAUGAUCGUCCCCGCGUUCGAGACACUGCGCUACCGGCUCUCCUUCCCCAAGUCGAAGGCAGAGCUGCUCUCGAUGCUAGACAUGGGGACCCUCUUCACGUUCAGGUACCAUGUCUGGACGAAAGGCCACGCACCCACAAACUUCGCCAAGUGGCGGACUGCCACCACGCCUUACCAGGUUGAGUGGGAGGCCGAUUUCGAGCCGUAUGUUGUUGUGAGACGGGACUGCCCUGAGUAUGACCGAAGGUUUGUGGGCUUUGGCUGGAACAAGGUGGCUCACAUCAUGGAAUUAGAUGCCCAGGAGUAUGAAUUCAUCGUGCUGCCCAAUGCGUACAUGAUCCACAUGCCUCACGCCCCCAGCUUCGACAUCACCAAGUUCCGGUCCAACAAGCAAUACCGCAUCUGUCUCAAAACCCUAAAGGAAGAGUUUCAGCAGGACAUGUCCCGCCGCUACGGCUUUGCUGCCCUCAAAUAUCUCACGGCCGAGAACAACAGCUAG